AUACCUAAUGGAAAGGCACGGGAAACAGAGUCCCCGCCGCUCCUCUCUCUCUCAGCACUCCCGCCACUCCCCCAAAAUUCCCCACGGAGAAGAAGGAACCCUAGACUGCUUUGGCGCGGAAUCAACAUGGAGAACCAGCGGAGCGCUGUCGGCUGGCGAAUCCACCCUCCUCCGCCUCCCCAUCUCCCCCCUCCACCCCCUCCAUCCACGCAAGGGCAUGACGACCAGAAAUUUGGGGGAAGUCAAGAAAUCUCCCUAGAAGGUACCGCUAAGAAUUCUGGUAGAGCCAAGUGGAAUCAUCAGAUGAAGGCAUAUCUCAUUGAACUCUUAAGAGAUCAUGAUGUUCCCAAAUACCGGACAGUACAUGCUCCACAAGUUGAGGCAAACUCGGCUCAAGGAAAUGACUUGACAGUACAUGCUCCACAAGUUGAAGCAAUACCAAUUUCCUCACAACAUGUUGGACAAACCUUGCAUGAAAUUCCACAAGUUGUACAUCGCAAUCGUCGACCAUCUAGCUCAGCUCCUGAGGUUACUAGCAGGAAGAGAGCGAAAAAGCAAAAGACGACCAGUAUUGAUGAUUUUCAUGAGAGAUACCUGAAAUUCAGAAGGGAAGAAAUAGAUAGGUAUGCAGCCAUUGAGGAGAGGAAAUUAAAGGACCCCUUCAGCAUCAAGAAAUGCAUCAAAGCACUUGAAAGGUUGGAGGGUCUUUCGAUGGCCGAUAUGCUAAAAGCAGCGGACAUCUUCACCGCCAACAAGGAGAACAGGGAAGUAUUUCUAUCAUUUUCAAGUAACGAAUUACGGUUAGGUUAGUUGACUGGAAAAAUUCGGAAUACCUAAUCAAAUGAACUAGUAUUUCGUACUAGGGGAGGGCUAGCUUAAAACUGAGAUAUAUUUUGUGCAUGUGCAUUUAUGGACACAUGGAUAUGAUCCUUGGCGUAGGUAACUUGUAAUAGGAUGUGAUAUAUUUUGUACAUGUGCAUCUCUGGACACAUGGUUAUGAUGCACUUGUCAUAUUUAACUUGUAGUAGGUUGUGCAUGUGCAUUACUGGGCACAUGAUUAUGGAAGUGUCAAACUCAUUAGAAUUUUAAUGCAAUGUUAAAUGGCUCCUAAAGCAAUGUCUUUCUGCAGUUUUUGACUAAAAUAAUCAUAUGCUUAUCUUCUAGCAAUGUAAUCUGCCCAUAUUGAGUACAGUACAACCAAAUAGUUACAUAACAUAAGGGAAAAUUACACAAUACAUAUGCUUAUCUUCUAGCAAUGUAAUCUGCCCACAUUUGCAUUGCCAUGGCAUCUCGCAUCUCAUUUUCAGCUUGUCUCAAGUUGUUAAAUACAAUCACAUCUUUUUUGUAUUUGACAUCUCCAUCUGGUACAUCCUUCAUAUUGCUUUCAUUAACAUCCAUUGUAGCUCUAUCAGGCAGUGUCAUAUCUCCAUUGUGUAGCCUUAUGAAAUUGUGCAAUACACAACACGGUACAACAGUAUCAACUUGUGUGUCAAUAUCAAACAUUGUAGCUGCCUUUAGUAUGGUGUAACGCCCACGAUGCGGCUAUAUCUCCCACGUGUCGAGGCACGACUUAGAGGCAUAACCGCAUUGUGGUUUUGUCGCAAGAA